AAACCAUACAAUUUUGUUUCUCCAAACAUGACAGCUAUCGAGAAAUUUUUCACUGAAAAAUCCCCGGAUUCCGAGCAAGUUCUGUUGAAAGUCAUCGAGUUGGGCAUCGAUUUUUUGGGCGGAGAAUGGAAGAAUGUGGAUAAAAGUCAAGUGAAUGUUUCGCGAGUUCAUGGUGGACAAUCGAAUCACAUGUUCCACGUGACGUCAUCUACAUCAGCCACUCCAUAUCUUUUAAGAAUCCAUCGUCAGCCUCCGAGCCAAGUUUUCACGGAUACCGUCAAUUUGGCGAUUUUUUCGGAGCGAGGACUUGGUCCAAAACUUUAUGGGUUUUUCGAAGGAGGAAGAAUGGAAGAGUUUCUCCCGAGUAAAACUUUUGAUGUGAAUGAUGUUUUGGUUCCAGAAAAUUCUCGAAAAAUCGGUGCAAUCUUCCCACUCUAUCAUUCAAUCAAUGUUCCAGUUUCAAAAAGUCGCCGGUGUGUUCACUUGAUGAGAGAAUGGCUCAAUGGAUACGAAAGUCUUGGAGGUGGUGACUAUGAGAUUUUGCCAACUACAGUCAACUAUUCGGAUCAUCCUAAAUCAGUUUCCAUCAAAGAUCUGAAUCAUGAAAUCGACAAUUUCGAAAAAUGGUCGACUGAAAUUUUUGAGCACACUUUGGUCUUCAGUCACAAUGAUCUAGCGUCUACCAACAUUCUCGAGCUCAACUCCACAAAAGAGCUCGUAUUAAUUGAUUGGGAAUUUGGAACUUAUAACUGGAGAGGAUUUGAUUUGGCAAUGCAUUUAUCCGAGACAGCGAUUGAUUAUCGUGUACCAUUUCCACCUGGAAUCAAGAUGAAUGGAGAUUUAAUUGAUAAUCCACCAAAUAUUCAAAUUUUCUGUGAAGCUUAUGUUGAAGCUGACAAAAAGCUCAAAAACCGUUCACCAUCGGAUCCAACUGCUGAAGUGAAAGCUCUAAUUCAAGAAUGUCAAUUCUUCUGGCCUCUUACAAAUCUCUUCUGGGCACUCUCAGCCAUGAAGCACUCACUUCUUAAAUUCGAAAAUGGAGUUGAUUUGGACGUGCAAGCACGUGAUCGAUUGGCAGUUUACUUCCACUUGAAACCAAGAUCUCAGAAGAUUUACGAGGAAUUGAGCAAGAAAUGAUUUGCAACUAACAUGUAUACUUAUUUUUGAUUGAUGAUUUCUGUGAAUGAAUUAUUUCCUU